UAGCUGCUUGGGUUUGAUUUUUCUUAUGUUAGGGGAUUUCGGGUUUUGGUAUUUCAUGGAUUUUGAUUUUUGAUUAGCUUGACUGGUACCAACUAUCGAGUAAUUGGUGUGAAUCGGCAUUGUGGCAUUAAGGGGGAGUGAAUCAUGUUCAAACAUAUUUUAAGUAAGCUUCUCCGGAAGUCAUCGAAGACUUCGGAGAGUCGUGAACAUGGUGGAAACCAUGCUACUUAUUCUAGCGUUUACGGUGGCUCGAGGAGCAGUGAUUUAGGAACUGACAAGUCAGGAAAUUUGAGUGUUUCGUAUUCUCCGGUGCCUAAUUCUUCUGCUGAUGUUGGAUGGAAAAGUUCCAAUAUGAAGGCCGGUGAGACUAAUGUGUUCUAUGAAGCAUUGCCUGCUUUCAAAGAUGUUCCGGCUUCAGAGAAGCAGAACUUAUUCAUAAAAAAGAUUCACUUGUGUUGUGCUGUAUUUGAUUUCAAUGACCCCACCAAGAACCUCAAAGAGAAGGAGAUCAAGCAACAGAUGCUGUUAGAGCUUGUCGAUUAUGUGACCUCAGCGAAUGGGAAAUUUUCAGAGACCGUUCUGCAUGAAAUUGUUAAAAUGGAAUCAACAAACUUAUUUAGGAGCCUUAAUCCUCAACCAUGUGAGAAUAAAGUUGUAGAAGGAAUUGAUCUGGAAGAGGAGGAACCUUCAAUGGAUCCUGCUUGGCCACACUUGCAAAUUGUAUACGAGUUUCUUUUGAGGUUCAUAGCCUCACCUGAGACUGGUACAAAAUUGGCAAAAAGAUAUGUUGAUCACUCUUUCAUUAUCCGGUUGCUUGACUUAUUUGAUUCUGAAGAUCCUAGAGAAAGGGAAAAUUUGAAAACAAUUCUUCAUCGUAUCUAUGGAAAAUUCAUGGUGCACCGACCGUUCAUUAGGAAAGCUAUAAACAACAUCUUUUUCCGUUUUAUUUUUGAGACUGAGAAACGUAAUGGAAUUGCUGAACUUCUAGAAAUAUUGGGGAGUAUUAUUAAUGGGUUUGCGCUGCCGCUGAAAGAAGAUCAUAAAGUGUUCCUUGUCCGGGCGCUAAUUCCCUUGCAUAAGCCAAAAUGCUUAGCAAUGUAUCAUCAACAGUUAUCUUAUUGCAUUACUCAGUUUGUGGAGAAAGACUGCAAGCUUGUUGAUACCGUCAUUCGAGGGUUAUUAAAGUAUUGGCCCAUCACCAACAGUGCAAAGGAAGUCAUGUUCCUAAAUGAAUUGGAGGAAGUUUUAGAAGCAACUCAGCCACCAGAAUUCCAGCGCUGCGUGGUACCAUUAUUUCGCCGAAUUGCUUGUUGUUUGAACUCUCUGCACUUUCAGGUAGCCGAGCGAGCUUUUUUCUUGUGGAACAACGAUCACAUUCAGAACUUAAUCAUUCAAAACCGCAAGGUUAUACUGCCAGUUAUUUUCCCGGCCUUGGAGAAAAAUGCUAGGAAUCACUGGAAUCAAGCUGUAAAGAGCUUGACUUUAAAUGUCCGCAAGAUCUUCUACGAUCUUGACCCGGAGCUGCGCAAGGAAUGCUCGGUUAAGUUUCAGGAAGAAGAAUCAAAGGAAGAUGCGAUUGAAACGAGACGCGAAACAACAUGGAAGCGCUUGGAAGAACUUGCUGAAAAGAAAGGUUCCGGCAGCGAAGCAAUGCUCGUUCCCCACAAAGCAAACGCCAAUGCCUUACCAGGUUAGAUAUAGAUAAACGCUCGUUACUUUUA